AGACUUAGUGGUUGACCCAACCAUCGGUUCACUUCAACAAAGCAAUAUCUUCUCCCUCGUUAAUCUCAUCCUUUCUUUGUUCUUCGAUGUUAACAAGUUUCGUUGAAUUCAAUAACCUUAUUAUUUAAAUUCAUACAUAUAUCAUAGCUUAUGUCGUCAUGGUGAUUAAAUAAUCCCUUUUAUAUACGAGAUUUCUUAGCUUUCAAGCUCCAAUUAGAGCUCUUUGUUUUCGUUAUUCAGUUCUCGAAUCCCGACAUAACUGAUCGAAGACAGUUAUGUUUCCGUUUUUCCGUUAUUAUUUCUGGUUCAUCGUCUUCCUCUUCCUCUUAUUCCUUUCCCGCCCUUGUUUUCCCGCGAGAAUGAUACCAGAGAUGGUAACUGUAACAACCAACCAAACCCGAAACGCCACGUGGCUUGACUUCUCGAGAUUCUUACACGCCGAGAAAGGCAGCCAGGUCAGCGGCAUGUCGGAGCUGAAGAGGUACUUUAACCACUUCGGCUACCUCUCUCAAAAAACGCCGUUUAACUUUACCGAUGAGUUCGACUCCCAAUUCGAGUCCGCCGUCUCGCUUUAUCAGAAGAAGCUCGGCUUGUCCGUCACCGGAAAGCUCGACUCCGACACCAUAUCCACAAUCAUGGCGCCGAGAUGCGGCGUCAGCGACGCCGCCUCGUCCCGUUUGUUACAUUCCACUCGUCACUUCGCUUACUUCAGCGGCAAGCCAAGGUGGGUCCGUGGCUCUCCGAUGAGCCUCACCUACGCAUUCUCCCCGUACGCCGCGAUCACCAGUCUGAGCAUGACGGAAAUCCGAACGGCGUUCCAGAGCGCGUUUUCGCGCUGGGCGUCAGUGAUUCCGGUGAACUUUCUGGAGACAUCCGGUUACGAAACGGCCGAUAUCCAGAUCGGAUUCUACACCGGCGAGCACGGAGACGGAGAGCCGUUCGACGGAGUGUUAGGGGUUCUGGGCCAUGCGUUUUCACCACCGACCGGGAAAUUCCAUUUGGACGCAGCUGAAACGUGGGCCGUUGAUUUCGAUCGAGAAGGAUCAAAGGCAGCUGUUGACUUGGAGUCUGUGGCGACGCACGAGAUUGGUCACGUGCUUGGGCUGGCCCACACGAAUGUGAAAGAAGCAGUGAUGUAUCCGAGUUUGAGUCCGAGGAGGAGAAAGAGAGACUUGAAGAUGGACGACGUGUUGGGGAUUCAAGCUUUGUAUGGGUCAAACCCAAACUUCACGUUUAGUUCUUUGUUGGAAUCGGAAAAUUCCUCUAAUUUAGCGGUUCGGAUUAAAAGUGAUUUGAUUCAAUGGCCACUUCUUCUGGCUCUGGGCUUGUUCGUAUUAUUAUUUUCACGGACUUGAAAAAUUCUUUAUUUUUAUUAUUGAAUUCUAUACAUUUGUAUUUUUCAUUCUUUGAUAUUGUAUAUGUAAAGCAGGAGUGAAUUGGAAGAAUAGUUCACAGUGGAAGGAUGAAGAAAAAAGGGUGAAUUACUCUAAGGAUUUGUUCUACUUGAGCUUGUUGUGCAUGUGUCAAUAGAAUAUGCCAAUUCAUAUCAAA